UUUGAUUAGGAAUUUAGGGGCGGGACCCUGGCCUGGCACAGACCCGCACACUCGCAGUAGAACACUCACUCCUCUCACACACGUUCUCCAUCCCAAGGAAGCCAGACAGAGGGACGUGGUCGCUCUGAAAGGUUCAACUCGAGAGAGACGCUAUGCAGUGGGCCUCCCUCCUCCUGCUGGUGGGGCUCUGUUCCCUCUGCGGGGCCCAGUAUGACGAUGACAACUACUGGUGGCUCCAAUACCUCCGCAGCCAGCAGUCCACCAGCUAUGACCCCUACGAGCCAUACCCCUAUGAGCCCUAUGAGCCAUACCCCUACGGGGUGGAUGAAGGCCCGGCCUAUGCCUACGGCUCCCCACCUCAGCCGGAGCCCCGAGACUGCCCCCAGGAGUGCGACUGCCCGCCCAACUUUCCCACGGCCAUGUACUGCGAUAACCGCAACCUCAAGUACCUGCCCUUCGUGCCCUCCCGCAUGAAGUACGUCUACUUCCAGAACAACCAGAUCACCGCCAUCCAGGAAGGUGUCUUUGACAAUGCCACCGGGCUACUCUGGGUCGCCCUCCACGGCAACCAGAUCACCAGCGACAAGGUGGGCAGGAAGGUCUUCUCCAAGCUGCGGCACCUGGAGAGGCUGUACCUGGACCACAACAACCUGACCCGCAUGCCCGGCCCCCUGCCCCGCUCCCUGAAGGAGCUGCAUCUUGACCACAACCAGAUCUCCAGGGUCCCCAACAAUGCCCUAGAGGGGCUGGAGAACCUCACCGCGCUGUACCUCCACCACAACGAGAUCCAGGAAGUGGGCAGUGCUAUGAGGGGCCUCCGCUCACUCAUCUUGCUGGACCUGAGUUAUAACCACCUGAGGAGGGUGCCUGAUGGGCUUCCCCCUUUGCUGGAGCAGCUGUACCUAGAGCACAACAAUGUCUACUCGGUCCCUGACAGCUACUUCCGGGGUUCACCCAAGCUGUUGUAUGUGCGUCUGUCCCACAACAGCCUCACCAACAAUGGCCUCGCCUCAGGCUCCUUCAACUCCAGCAGCCUCCUGGAGCUCGACCUCUCCUAUAACCAGCUGCAGAAGAUCCCCCCAGUCCACACCAACUUGGAGAACUUCUACCUGCAGGGCAACAGGAUCAAUGAGUUCUCCAUCAGCAGCUUCUGCAGUGUGGUGGACGUGAUGAACUUCUCCAAGCUGCAGGUGCUGCGCCUGGACGGGAACGCCAUGAACCGCACGGCCAUGCCGGUGGACGCACCGCUCUGCCUGCGCCUGGCCAGCCUCAUCGAGAUCUGAGGCACGGGGGAGGCCCCCAGGCCCCACCGCAUUCGGCUUGAUGGUUUGGUUUGGCUUUUGCUGGAAGGUCUGGGUGCAGGCCAGGUGACAGAAAGCCACAGGCUUCAUCUGCACCCUUCGUCCCUGGGGCGGAGAGGGGGGGAGGUGUUGAGAAGAGACAGCUUUCUGCAGAAGUGGUGGCCUGAGGAAGCGACCCCUGAAUCUCACUGCCCUUAUAUUCUUCCUGAUGAUCCAGCGUCCUGAAAUUUUACACGCUGCUUGGGCAAUGAUCUUUCCAGUAAGCAGACCCUGUUUCUGACCAGCACUGGGCUGGCCUGUUCAUGCCUUGCCCCCCUCCUCGCUUCUCUCUCCUCACUGCUAGCAUGGGCUUCUUGCACAAAAGCGUCCUCUGGAAAUAUUCCUUCAUUCGGCCUCAUUCCAGACACCCCUUUUGAGCCUUAGGCAGUGGUCAGAGACCCAGGCUUCUAGCUGUGCAGAGAGCCUUUGCGCGUGUGUCUAGUGGUGAGGGUGGGGGUAGGGAUGGGCGUGGUGGACAUGACUCACCUCCCCACACCCUAGCCCACCUCCAUGAAAUCCACCACAUUGGUAGUGCCAAAUAUUGUGACAAUAUUCACAGGCUAAUGGGGGAGCAGACUCCAGCCUUGGGUUUAAUGAAUUGAGGGUGGAGAUGGUGGGGGGGGGGGGGAAGGGGUUAUACUUGAGCAGCUGGGCACUUCUUAGAAGUCAGAUGAAUUUUCAAAAAGAAAAAACCAGAUUGCACUUAAGAUACCUGCCCAGCUCCAGGCAAGCACAACUCGUGUCAGCAGCCCAGUGAUCCAGCCCCUCCCAGCAUGCUGUGCGCCCCACUGGGUCUUUCUGCUCUAAGGUGCAGGCCAUAUGGUUUUUGAGGCCUGAGCAAGGGAAAUUAGGUCCCUUAGUGGAAAGGUCAACACCCCAAUGGAGGACAUAGGUCCCCACCAGUAAUGGACUUGCCUGCGAGUCCAAAGGAAGAAGCUGGAUUUCACUGUAGUAACUGACGAGGCCUCCCACCAGCCACAGUACAGAGUCCCAGCCCAGGCUGGGAGUGCUGCCUGGGUCCAAAGCAUUCAGGUCAGGCACUAGGUCCUGCUUAAGCUGAGUGUGAGAUGCCCUGCUUGCACAGCUCGGGGUUGCCUGCUGGUUCCUGGAGAUGUCUGUUGCUUUAGAGCUUCCAGCUUCUGAAAGGCAGCGUGGCCUGGGGCCUCACCCACCUGCUCUUUUGGACACCACUGGGUCUGGGCAAUCUGAGCCAAGGCUGGAGCAGGUGGGGGAGCGCUGGCCCUCGCUGUCCCCUGCCCCAGUGUCCAUACGUCCUGAUGCUCGCUGUACUUCAAAGCAGCUUCCCUGUGAAGCGAAGGAGGGUGGGAGAAAGGGGAUCUUCACUGUACGUUCUUGGCUCCAGACCCUGAAAUCCACAAAAGCCAAACCAGCUCAUUUCAACACAGGAGCUCUGCUGUGAGGGGCAAGGCUGCCCCCUGCCCCAGGGCUCUCAGAAGGCAUCUGCAUGUAACACCAUCAUGUCUGUAUAAAGGAAACUUAUUAUAGGAAAAGCAUGGUGGCCACCUGACCAAUAAAGUUAUCUUUCAAUUGCA